UUUAUAUUUUUACAUCAUAAAUGAUAAUCCAAACACCACCAAACCGAACCCAAUCUCUCUCCACCCAAACCCUCCACCUUCCUCCGUCGUUCUCCGUCGCUCACGGCGGUUCUUUCACAACCUAGGGUUUCACUUCUUCACCAGAUCCGCAAUCUCACCGCCACAAAUCCUCUCAAUUCUCUCUCUCCUCCACCAGAUCCACCAACCGCCCCGAUUCCACCUCCGGAUCCGAUUCCGGCCGGGCAUUCUCAUCACUUCCACUCUCCGAUGAGAAUGCCCGAACUAUGACCACUCACGAAACCGAAGAUAAUAACAUUUUUCACGACUCAUACGAUCGGUUACUGUCCUCAACAUCGUGUUCUUCCUCUUCGUGUUCGGAAAACGGUGACGGAGACGAUGACGUCAUGCUGAUUGACUCGAAUUGUAGUAGUUUUGGACGAUUGUUACCUGUACCUAGGUUUCCAAUGGGCGUUUUGAACAGUUAUGAUGUCUGGAUCUCGCGGCCGGAGUCCGUAGAUGAACGCCGUGUGCGGUUGCUCCGGCAGAUGGGCCUGCUUCGUGGUUCCACUCGUACUGGACAUAAGUUAGAUGCUACGGAUUCGAAAUUCGGUAAGUUUGACUCACCGGAUGACUCCAGUACAAUUAGAUCGAAUUCGGCCGAUAUUACUCAACAGUGUAGUAUUACUUCUAAUUUUAAUAUGUGUCAUGAAAGUAGUUCUGUUAAUGAGAUCGUUGAGAAUGAUAAUUCUACGGUUUUGUCGAAUUUGGAUGUUAGUAGUAAUAGUAAUGAUGGAGAGGCAGUGUGUUUGAUUAAGGAUUUGGAUAAUGGGAAGGAGUUUGUGGUUGAUGAGGUUAGAGAGGACGGUAUGUGGCGGAAGCUUAAGGAAGUUGGGACAGGGAGGCGGUUAACGAUGGAAGAGUUCGAGAUGUGUGUUGGCCGUUCGCCGAUCGUUCAGGAGUUAAUGAGACGGCAGAAUGUGGAAGCUGGUGAUGAGGACCUACGAGAGAUGAAUAACGGUGGGAAUGAGUCGAAGUUGAAGAAGAAGGGCGGGUGGUUGAAGAAUAUUAAGAAUGUGGCGUGUUUAGCGAGUUCGGUUGCAGGGUAUAAGGAGAGACGGAGUAGUGACGAGAGAGAUACAUCGUCGGAAAAGGGUGGGAGGCGGUCCAGCUCUGCUACCGAUGAUAGUCAAGACGUUUCGUUUCAUAGUCCGGAGAGAGUGCGGGUGCGACAGUACGGGAAGUCGUGCAAAGAUCUAACGGGGUUGUAUAGAAGGCAGGAGAUACAGGCUCACAGUGGGUCGAUCUGGACUAUGAAGUUCAGUUUGGAUGGGAAGUAUCUCGCUACUGCCGGUGAGGAUUGUGUUAUUCAUGUCUGGCAAGUUGUGUUGUCGGAUAGAAAAGGCGAUCUUUUGUUUGAUAAACUAGAAGACGGGAAUUUGAAUGGGUUACUACUGUCGAAUGGGUCGCCAGAAAUAGGUUUGGCGUCACCGAAUUUGGAUCGUCAAGUUGAAAGAAAGAGAAGAGGAAGGUUAUCGAUGAGCAGAAAAUCGACUAGUCUGGACCAUAUUGUUGUGCCGGAAACUUUGUUUGGACUCUCGGAAAAACCGUUGUGUUCUUUUGAAGGACAUCUGGAUGAUGUGCUUGAUCUGUCAUGGUCCAAAUCUCAGCAUUUGCUUUCAUCGUCAAUGGACAAAACCGUGCGGUUGUGGCAGUUGUCUAGCAAGUCAUGUUUGAAGAUAUUUUCUCACAAUGACUAUGUAACUUGCAUCCAGUUCAAUCCGGUUGAUGAUAGAUAUUUCAUCAGUGGAUCACUUGAUGCGAAAGUUCGCUUAUGGAGCAUUCCUGAUCAUCAAGUGGUUGAUUGGAAUGAUAUGCAUGAAAUGGUCACUGCUGCUUGCUAUACACCAGAUGGUCAGGGUGCACUUGUUGGUUCAUACAAGGGGAGCUGCUAUUUAUAUGACACGACUGAAAAUAAGUUACAACAAAAAAGCGAGAUCAACCUUCAGAACAAAAACAAGAAAACCCGUCAUAAAAAGAUCACUGGUUUUCAGUUUGUUCCAGGUACAUCAGAAGUGCUUAUUACAUCUGCAGAUUCACGUGUUCGUGUUGUUGAUGGCCUUGAUUUAAUUCACAAGUUUAAAGGCUUUCACAACACAAACAGGCAAAUUUCAGCCUCGGUGGCAUCAAACGGGAAAUACGUAGUUUGUGCAAGUGAGGAUUCUCAAGUGUAUGUUUGGAAGCAUGAAGGUGAAUCCCGGGCUAGCAGAAACAAAAGCGUAACCGUUACUCAUUCCUACGAGUACUUCCACUGUCAAGAUGUAUCAGUAGCCAUCCCGUGGCCCGGAGAACCUAACAGGCUUAGUGGGGACCACUUUGAUGACGUGUCAGCGGUGAACCAUCCACCAACACCUGAAGAUCAAUUUAAUAGCGGCCCGUUUGACGGAAUCAUUUCUAGCGCCAGCAAUGGGUACUUUUUUGACCGCUUUUCCGCCACAUGGCCCGAGGAAAAACUGGUUUCGACCACAAAGAACCAAAGUAAACAUAAGAGUGUAGAUUUUUCAAACGGGUCCAGCCCGAGUAAGUUGGGCUGGGGUAUGGUUAUUGUUACAGCUGGGCUUCGUGGGGAAAUCAGAACAUUCCAGAAUUUUGGAUUGCCGGUUCGAUUAUAGAUGGACUGGGUCAAGCCCAAGCCCGAGCCCGAGCUCUGCAGGUUUGUUAUUUGGGAAAUUUGUAUAGAUGAUUUGUAAUAUUUUAGCAUAUAUGGUGCAAAAAGAAUUAGAGUUAGUCAAGAGAAAAACAAAAGAAAAAUGAAGAAAAUAGAGAAAAUGAACACAUGUAGAGUUAGUCAACCAGGAUGAGGAAAAAAGCAGAUUGAAAUUUAUUUUAAUAGUUAAUUGUCUAUUUUUACCAAUG